AUGGGUGGUGAUCUCAACUUGAAGAAGAGUUUCCACCCUUCUCUCCUGAAGAACCAGGCCAAGGUUUGGGAGGAGGAGAAGAAAGCGCUCGAGGAGCGCAAGAAGACGCAGCAAAGAAUCAACGAGCUCAAGGAGGAGCGCGCCCGUGAAGAACUCCAGAAGAAGCUCGAGGCUGCCGGACACGCGAAAAAGGUCGAUCGCGUCGAAUUCCUCUACAACGGCCCGACCGAUGGACAGACCGGAACGACCGAGGAGCGCGAGAGCUACCUCCUGGGCAAGCGUCGCAUCGACAACCUGCUCAAGGGUACCGAACACAAGAACCUCGUAAAGCAGGCUGGCCAAGAGAGCUUCAUGGCACUGCAGACGGCCAAUACCGCACGAGACACCGCAGCAAAGGUUCGGGAAGAUCCUCUCCUCGCCAUCAAGAGACAGGAGCAGGCCGCCGACGGCGCUCUCAACCUCGAUCCAGAUCCAGAAGCCCCCGGCGGCGCCAAGGCGAUUCUGACGACGAAGAUCGACGCGAGAGACGACACCGACGUAGCGACUCUCAGGAUAGAGACAGAGGCAGCCACCGACGAAGGCGAUCCCCGAGGUCGAGAUCGCCUCGCCGCCGUGAUUCAGGAGAGAAAGACGACUACGAGAGGCGAGACCGGAGAGAGCGUCGUGACAAUCGUGAGAGAAGGCGCCAACCCUCUGUCUCAGACGAAGACCGUCCCUGGCGACCGUAACGGAGAAGCAUCCGACUCUCGCGACCGCAGACCCUACGACAACCGCCGGUUUGAUCGCAACAGAGACACCCGAGGUGACGGUCGUGCCAACGGUAAGGCGGACGACUCAGCUGCAGAUGAAGAGAGGGCAAGGAAGCUGGCUGCUAUGCAAGCGGCCGCCUCGGAUCUCGACACGGACCGAGACCGUCGUUUGGCUGCGCUCGAAGCACAGGAAAAUGCAGCACGUGAGGCCGACAACCAGGCCAGGGAAAAGUCUUCCAAGUACGGCGAUAGGCAGUUUGUCAACGGUCUGCACCGCAAGGCUGGUAACUUGGGGCUGGCAGAGAGGCUUGGACGGGGAAGACAAGGUCUACAGAGGGACGACGACUGA